AUGUCAAAAGCCACCACUCUUCUGGCAUUGACCAAACCUACAAGUCAACGUGUUCUUUUUCUCACGCCUUCUGGACAACGCGCUCGCUUGAUAUCUGUCAAAACAAGAUCUUCUCGUUGUUCCACUUUGAACACGUAUUCAAUCAAACCUCUUGUUACGCAACAAUCUCUUUAUGCCAGGAACUUUCAUGGAUCAAGUUUUCAACAAGCUUUGAAACCUUUCCUUCUUGCUGAUAUUGGUGAAGGUAUUACUGAAUGUGAAGUUAUACAAUGGUUUGUGGAGCCUGGACAAACAGUUGCUGAAUUUGAUAAGAUAUGUGAAGUGCAAUCGGAUAAAGCCUCAGUGGAAAUUACUUCCCGUUUUGCUGGAAAAGUCGUCAAGUUGUAUCAUAAUGUUCAUGAUAUAGCAAAAGUAGGACAACCUUUAGUGGAUAUUGAAACUAUGGAUGGCACUGAUAUUACUCCUAAUCCUUCUUCAAAAUCAUCAUCUACCUCAGAAUCUAUCAAUCAAGAAAAGGAAUCAUGGGACAAAUCGAAAUCCAACAACAAAUCAACUACAUCAACACCGACAUCAUCAUCAUCAUCAUCAUCAUCGUCAUCAUCCUCAUCAUCAUCAUCUUCAUCAUCUGCGGCUACUCUCGCUACUCCGGCCGUUCGUGGGUUAGCCAAGGAACAUAAUGUUGAUCUUUCUCAAUUGACUGGAUCAGGUGCAGGUGGCCGUAUUAUGAAACAAGACAUCAUGGAUUACGUUUCUGGAAAACAAAGUGAUACCACAUAUGCGACACAACAUACCAAUGCAAAUAUCAGGAGCACCGAUUUGGCAGGACCAAGUGAUCGAGCUGAACCUUUGACAGCCAUUCAAAAAGCAAUGUUCAAAUCCAUGACAAAAUCUUUGGCUAUUCCUCAACUUGGUUACAAGGAUGAAAUUGAAUUGAAUGCAACUACAGAAUAUCGUGGUGCUUUGAAUCAACAUCUUAUCAAUCACCCUGGUGUCUAUUCCUUCUCCAAGAUAUCUUAUCUUCCCAUCUUUAUCAAAUGUAUGUCUAUUGCUCUUCGACAAUAUCCUGUUUUGAAUGCAACUAUUGGUCAACAUGCUUCUGAUGUCAAUGUCAAUGAUAUCAAGAUUACCUACCGUUCUUCUCACAAUAUUGGUGUCGCCAUGGAUACACCUCAAGGUUUGAUUGUUCCUAAUAUCAAAGAUGUACAGUCGAAAACUAUUUUUGAAGUGGCUUCUGAAUUGAACCGUUUGACUGAACUAGGAAAAAAGAAUGCUAUUCCUCUAUCGGAUUUACAAGGUGGUACCAUCACAUUGUCCAAUAUCGGUGCUAUUUCUGGAACCUAUGCAAGUCCUGUUGUUGUUGCUUCUGAAAUGGCCAUUGUUGCUCUUGGUCGCAUGCAAACUCUACCUCGUUUUGAUGAUGAUGGUAAAGUAAUUGCCAAACAAGUCAUGCCUGUAAGUUGGUCUGCUGAUCAUCGUAUCAUUGAUGGUGCUACUAUUGCUCGCUUUGGAAACUUGUGGAAAACUUUGAUUGAAAACCCUGCAUUACUGGCUAGCGAACUCCGUUGA